CGCGAAAAUUGCCUUGGAAAUACAAUGAUAGCCGCGCGAACAUAGUGCGUCUUCAUAGCUUUAUUUCUUUUUUAAUAUCAUUUCCCCUCUUCUUCUUCCUCUUUCUUUUUCAUUUCACAUCUUCGUUUUCUUAGCUUAAUGUUUCUCUGAGCACCAAUGGCAUCCUCUCACCAGAGGAACAAGUCGAGCUUGUCGAAGAAGAAGGUUACUGAUAUCAAUGAUCAGUUUACAGAUCAAAAGACUUGUGCCAAUGUUGAGGGAGAGUUGACUAUGCCAAUUCAAGGGUCAUCAUUAGGUACAAUGAUAUUGAAUAUGGAUACAAAUACUGGUAGAAGCAGUGGACACAUUGACCAAACUGUAGCUGGACAAUUAUCUGCCAUAAAAGUCGGAAAAAGAACACGAAAAGAGAAUGAUGCUAAGCACCGUGCAGGAAUACGGAUCAAGCUGGAAGAACACAAAGAAAUGUCCAAUGAGUUACCACAAGUUAAACUAGAGCUUGAGCGUUCAAAAGAGCGUGAAAAAAUCAAGGAUGAACGGAUUGAAUCACUUGAAAAAAUGAAUGUUGUACAUAUUUCUGACACCAAGUCAUUGAUCAGCACCAAUGCAUCACAAACUCUGAUUAUCGGAUCUUUGACUAAUGACCUGCAUGAGGAGCGGAAAGGGAAAGAUGAAUUGAGAAGGGAGAAUGAUGCACUCAAGGAGGAGAAUGAUGCACUCAAGAAGGAGAAUGAACAGUUGAACAAUCUUAUGACCCAACAGUAUGUGGAUUCUCAUUUUUCUGAUCAAUUUCUAAAUCUGCCUGGACCUUCACAACCUAUGCAAACUGGCGGUGGCGAACGUUUAUCCCUCGGUGGCUGAAAGAAAUGACAUACAUGUCUCUUGAGGUAAACAGAGAAACAGAGAGAAGAAUUAGCUGGAGUAGUGAGUUGAUGAUCUGAUAUGGAAAAGCUUUUCCUGAAUUUGCAUUUGUCAAGUGGUGUAGCACUUUUGCUUGAACGUACGCCCUUCAUUUCUGGAUUUUUGAAAUCAUUGCUGAGACCUUCUUACGUAUGAAUUGUGAAAUCUUCUUAAACAAAAAGCUCGGCAUUUUUCUUUUUUUGAGGAAAACCAUAUUCAUAUAGUAUCAUUCAUUGAAAUAAUCUGAA